AUGCAUGAUGGGAUCACGAGCAUGAUUGGGUACCUUCAGGAGAAGACCAUUGCAAGAAGCCUCGUCUAUAGCCCGCUCCAGGCGUUUAGGGUCUGAUGAUAGCAAAUGGUCUCCGACAACCUAAAAGUAUGUUCUGUCAAUUGAAGAUCUUUCCCCACCCCCCGCAAAAAAAAACCAAAAAACAAAAACAAAAAAACAAAAAAAAAAAAAAAAACAAAUGAGUGGCCAACCUGA